AUGCGCUUCCCCCAAGAACUUCAAAACCCACAUCAAGGACAGCAGGCUGCUCCACCCCUUCCACCAGAUAUUCCCAAUUUAACUACCAAUUAUCAGCAUGAUAUAUUGUACUACUCACAACAUCAGUUACAAAAUCAACCUACUCUUUCGCAAGCUCAUUUGAAUCAAUAUCUUGAUACUACAAGAUACAUCGAUACCAAUACUACUUCUACUUCUACGGAUAAUAAUUCGAAUAACAGCAGCAUAAGUAGUGGGAAAAACAAGAAUAACAAUCCAAGUAAUAUUCUCAAAAAUGAUAUGGUUUCCCUUAAUAAUAUUAUUAAAGAAACAGGAAAUUCAUUUGUAAGUGAAUCGUUAAUGAAUAAUCCAUUAUUAAGCAAAAAUAACCAAGCUAUACUAUCACACAUAAAUUUGAAUCAAUUGCCCGCAAAUCCCGAUAGCAUACAUGGCAGUGAUCAAAUACCACAGGUAUCUAUAUCACAAAUAAAUUCUACGACAAGUCGUAAAAGUAAAAAUACUAACAAUAAUUGUGAUUCUAAUGGUCCAAAGAACAGUAAUAUUACACAUAUAAACAAUAAUAACACCGCAAGUACUGCAUCAAGUAUUUCUAAUUCAACUUUAUCACAUUUACAUUCUGGUAAUCAUGAUAAAAUAAAUACGUGUAACAAUAGCAAUACAUCUAAUUCAUCCAAUGCCUCUAAUAUAUCGUCAACUAAUACAAAUGUAGAUAGCUCCAAUCUCUCAACAACAACAAUACCGAAUGGUGAAUUAGUAAAGCCUCCACAAAUGAACAAUCCUGAAAUUAAGAAAGAAUAUAAUAUGCGUGAAAUUCCCCAACAUACAAAAAGUAUGUAUUAUAAUUUGAUGAAUAACAAUCCUCAUGUUAUCAAUGACCCUUCCAUUCAGGAGUCUUUAUCUCCAUAUUUUCAACCAUUCGGCGUUGAUGUAUCACAUUUGCCAAUGACAAACCCACCCAUAUUUCAAACUUCUCUACCUUUAUACGAUGAGCCUGUUGGAAGAAGGAGAAUUUCAAUUUCCAAUGGUCAAAUUUCUCAAUUGGGUGAAGAUAUUGAAACUGUAGAGAAUUUAUAUAACACACAACCUCCACCAAUGCCUUCAAAGGGUAGCAUUAGUUCAUCACAUCCUGUGAUAGAUGAUACUGUAAGGAAACAACAAAUUUCAGUGCAAGUAGCCCGAGCUAUUCAUAAAGAUAUGUUAAAAUCUUCUCCAUCAAACAUUACUCCCAGAAAUGAACUAUCACACCCAUCUACACAAACACAACCUCCUGUUCAAAUCCAAUCUGGACCUCAACAGGAAGGAUGGUCACAAAAUGCAUCACCAGGCAAUUUCGUCCCUCCAAAUACAAUGCAAUCACAAUAUGCAUUACUUGUUGGACAAGAACAAUCCAUACCUCCACAUAACCAACUUAAUGACAUCAAUCCUAUGACGAAUCCUUCAUUAAUGGUACAUCAGCAGUUACCUUUAAGCUUCAAUCAACAAAAUUUACCGUUACAAACACAACCUCAUAUAAAUCAACAGCAUGCAACUUUAUCACAACGUAAUAUUUCUAAUAUGGUAAAUAACAGUAUUAAUAGUAAUGCCAAAACAAUGACACCUAGUCCCUAUAUGAAACAAGAAACUAUUUCACCAAAUACUAUUCCAGACAAUUCUAUUGGGAAGUCACCACCUCCAAAUGAUGUAAAAUUUCCUGGCACUGAAGCUUGGAAAAGGGCACGUCUAUUAGAAAGAAAUAGAAUUGCUGCUUCAAAAUGUCGACAAAGGAAAAAAAUUGCACAAUUACAAUUACAGAAGGAUUUUGAUAAUCUUUCAAGGGAAAAUAUUGUUAUAAAGAAAAAGUUAAAAUAUUACGAAAAGCUUAUAACUAAAUUUAGAAAAUUCACUGAAUCACAUUUCCAAAACUGCCAUAAAUCAGAUGGAUUAAAUGAUUUAAAAAUGAUUGAGGAUAUGUUAAUGAUUGACCAAGAUAUCCAUGAGCUUGAUGACAAUAAUUCUGUGAUCGGGUUAACUGAUGCUUCUUAUAUGAAAUAA